GUUUUACUGCAUGUGACACAACUGAACUGUCUUUUGCUUUAAUAAGACACUAAUGCAAUGGAUGGCCACCAUCAGGUGGUCAAACAAGAGUGAUUUCUAUUAUAAUUUCAGUUGCUCUCAGCAAACAAUUGAAAUGGCCAAUAUUAUGGCAAACCUAAAGACUUUCCAGCCAGAAUAUGGGAUUGGGACAAAUGAGCCACUGUUUCGUCUGAGGUCUUGUGCCAAAGGAUUGAUGGUGAAUGCUUGCGCCCAUGCACUUUUCUUCUGCAAAUUACUCAAUGCCACCAAACAGAAAGAAGAUAAUUGUGGGGAUGUACCCGCUGGUUCCCAAGCUUCUAAGGAUAAUCAGAUAUUGAAGAUUGGGAUUAUUGGUGGAGGCCAUCUUGGGAAACAACUAGCCAGAACAUUGUUACAUUUGGGUGCCAUUUCAGGAAAGAACAUCCAGAUCUCCACAAGACGGCCAGAAACUCUGUUAGAAUUCCACAAGCUAGGAGUUGAAUGUGUCUAUAACAACAAGCAGCUGAUAAGCUGGGCAGAUGUUGCUUUUCUCUGCUGUCUUCCAUGUCAUCUUCCACAUAUAUGUUCUGAAAUUCAUGAUUCUCUCAAAAACACUUGUAUUAUAUAUAGCCUGGUCACAGCAAUCCCUUUGGACAGAUUGAAGCAACUGAUGUCCUCCUGUUCAAUCUUGAGACCACAAUACAAGUGCUCUGAGAACAGCUCUUUUUCUCUAUGGGAGGCUAACAGGACAGUUCUGGAAGCCCUCAAAGAUACAGCAGUUAUCCAGGCGACAUGUCCUUGCAACUCCAAGAGUGAAAUAGCUGUCAACAUGAAGUGGCUGGCAGCUGUAUUUUAUACAGCUUUAAAUAGCUAUACCGAACAACACUUAUCCUAUACAAAGGCUCUGGGAUUGCUCAAUCAAGUAUGUUUUUGUGAAGGCAAUGCCACCACCUCAUCUCCAUUUCUAGUUUGUGAACAUUUUAUCAACCAAGCUUUUGCUUCCUCCUUGGCUGCUGAUGAUUCCUUCCCCUGGUUUGAUAUAACAACUGUCCAGCUAAAAGACUCGCCUCUUAGCCAGUCUCUUGAAACAAAUACAUCACUUCAAGAAUUCAUUGCUUCAUCUUACUUUAACAUGAUAACAGCAUUGGCCAAGAAAAGUGAAGAUUUGACGACAUCUAUGACUAAAAAGAUACCUCUCUCAGCAGUGUUGCUGAAACCCACUAAGUCACUGGUUUUUCAAAUUGAUGAAAUGUCUGCAAAGAAAACAGAAGAGACAUCCAGUACUGAUUCUGAAGACUUAUAAAUUAUCCAAGCUGUUAGAAGUGGAAAUAUUCUUUUGCUCUCAUUUUUAUCAUUAAAAGAACUUUGGGAGCAGCGUCUACAAUGUUAUAAGAAUUCAAAUGGUAAAUAUUAAUGAAAGCCAAUUGAAAAUUACAUUUUGCAGUGAAAAUUUAGGCAUAAAUGCAAAAUAGAAGGAAAAUUCUAAAAAAAACAAUUAACAUGAUUUAUACUGUAUAUCCCCCUUUCUAUCAUACUUGUCCAUCUUGCAUUCACAUGAAUACACUAAUGUGUUUCACUAUCAUUUUGUGCAGAUUCCACUAUGUCAUAUACCCUGUCAUAUUUGGUACUUUAAUUGAAGUUUGUGUUUUAUUGUAUCUUUUAGAUCUGAAGUGAUUACCCCCUUUGGCUUUCAUGUCUACUUUUCAGAAAUAAAUUAUGUUCUAAAUAAUGUAUUUAUAAGUUUGGUUAUUUGAUUUUUC